CGUACGCCUUAUUAAUACCACAUAAAGACGCAAGAGAAGAUGACGUCAUACAGAAACAGCGUCGUUUUGAAAGCUGAGUUUUUUUUGUGAAGCGAGCGAGCGUGAGAAGGUGUGACGGGGAAGAGAAUGGCGAAGGAAGCGGUCAAGUAUGUAUGGGAAGGAGCAAUUCCUCUGCAGAUUCAUCUCCACAAAUCCGACGUCGCUUCUCACCCUGCUCCUCCUCCUGCUCUUGUGUUAGCACCAAGAAUAGGAUAUUUGCCUCUGUUGAUUCCUCUUAUAAAGCCUUAUUUCAAGGAUUCACUUCCUCCUGGUGAAGAUUCAAUUUGGUUUGAUUACAAAGGAUUUCCUCUAAAAUGGUAUAUACCAACAGGUGUUCUUUUCGAUCUCCUUUGUGCAGAACCCGAAAGACCAUGGAAUCUCACGAUACACUUUAGAGGAUAUCCUUGCAACAUACUGAUACCAUGUGAAGGAGAAGAUUCUGUAAAAUGGAACUUUGUUAAUUCUUUGAAAGAGGCACAAUAUAUCAUCAAUGGAAAUUGCAAGAAUGUUAUGAACAUGUCUCAGAGUGAUCAAGAGGAUCUAUGGACCUCUGUCAUGAACGGUGAUCUUGAUGCCUAUACAAGAUUAUCACCCAAGCUUAAAAUGGGAACAGUCGAAGAUGAGUUUUCAAGGAAAACAAGUUUGUCAUCUCCACAAUCUCAACAAGUUGUGCCUGAGACGGAGGUGGCUGGACAAGUUAAGACAGCAAGAAUUCCUGUUCGGUUGUAUGUUCGAAGUCUAAAUAAAGAUUUCGAGAAUCUUGAAGAUGUACCGGAGAUCGAUACCUGGGAUGACAUCUCGUACCUUAAUCGCCCUGUUGAGUUCCUCAAAGAAGAAGGGAAAUGCUUUACGUUACGUGACGCCAUUAAAAGUCUCCUCCCUGAGUUUAUGGGAGACAGAGCGCAAACGAGUGGUGAAGAAAGAAGCAUAGAUGAUACAGAAGAAGCAGAUGGGUCGAGGGAGAUGGGUGAAAUCAAAUUGGUAAGGAUACAAGGGAUAGAAAUGAAGCUAGAGAUACCGUUUUCGUGGGUGGUAAAUAACUUGAUGAACCCAGAAUUCUAUCUCCAUAUCUCUGUCCUUGUGAAAGCUCCUCAAAGGUGAAGUGUAAGGUUCUCUGCAGUUACAAUCCAUCUGUGAAUUGAAUCAAAUUGCUUUCUCGUUCCAUCUUACAAAUCCGAAAGAAUCAAUGAUUUGUUGUAUACAGCUACUUCUUCUAUUUCUGAUAGAAGCAAGAACACAGAAUACAGAAAAGAAAGUAGAAAUAUUUUGAUUGACUCGUUAGCUCUUUUACAUUUGUUACUUGACGGUUUCCUCUCUGAGCAAAUUUGAUUGAAAUCAAUUUAUGGUCGAUAUAAUAAUCACUACUUUCUUCUAUUCACAAGUAAAUCAGCUCAAGUUCAUAGAGAGAUCCAAAAUGUUGUUCAACAAAAGCACUGUAUCAUCAAAUCGACAAAGACAAAUGUUUAAUUUCUCCAUUAACAAUGCGAGGAAAAAUCAGUCAAAUUGAUUUAGUUUCUCCAGAAAGCUGCUUGUUGUAAUCUUCGAGCUCAUCGUAAUAAACAUCCCAAACGCAUCGGACGCAACCGCUACCGCAACAAUCGCCAGGCUCUGGUUUCUCUGGCGGUGGAGGAACCGAAACUCCCACCUCCUUCUUAUCUUCUGUCUCCUUCUUGUUUGUCUCCUCCUUGGAAGCUUCUACAAGAUUCUUGCUCUCGGUCGUCGCCAUGGUCACCGGAGAUUUGAGCUGUUGUUCUGGAGAUACGGAAGUGAUUGAAUAAUUGGAGAAAGAUCGUUUGAGAGGGAGAUGUCGCGUCAAACCAAAUCUCAUGCUCAAAAGCACAUCGUGAAGGCUAGAACCCGGUGAUGUAACGAUCGAGAUUCGAGGAAGAAGAGACACAACAACCAUACGCACAGAUCAAAAAGAUUUGUUCUCUUCUUUUUUUUUCUAUUUCCUUUUUUCGUGUCAGAAUUGAUUUCUUUAUGACCUGUCAUCCUAUAGUUGGCAAAAAAAGCCGCCAAUCAUAAACGGCACGCAUAUUUAUCUUCUAAACGUUAAAACGGCACGACAUCUUUUUUGAACACAAGAACCAACAACUUCUUGAUCUUCAGCUGCGCCAUGAUUUUGA